CUUACUUCGUAUUUUUUUCCUCUCUUUUUCUUUCUAUCUCUCUCUCUCUCUUCUCUUUCUCCUGGUUCCUUCUUCUUCAUCUUCCUUUGGUCUUGCGAAGAUCUAGAAAAACCCUAGGACGUGGAAGAUCACCAAGAUCGAGAGGAAGAUCUAAUUAGGUUUAAAAUUGAUGGGGAGAGGGAAGAUUGUGAUCCGGAGGAUCGAUGAUUCGACGAGUAGGCAAGUCACUUUCUCCAAAAGAAGAAAGGGUCUCAUCAAGAAAGCUAAAGAACUUGCUAUUCUCUGCGACGCCGAGGUUGGUCUCAUCAUUUUCUCCAAUACCGACAAGCUCUAUGACUUUGCCAGCUCCAGUAUGAAAUCGGCUAUUGAACGAUUUAACAAGACCAAGAUGGAGCAGCAACAACUAUUUAACCCUGCGUCGGAAGUUAAGUAUUGGCAGAGAGAGGCCACAGCUCUAAGGCAAGAACUGCACUCAUUGCAGGAAAAUCAUCGACAACUAACGGGAGAGCAAUUAAGUGGUUUGAGCGUUAAGGAGUUGCACAAUAUAGAGAGCCAACUUGAAAUGAGUUUACGUGGAAUUCGUUUGAAAAAGGAACAAAUUUUAACCAAUGAAAUCAAAGAACUAACCAGAAAGAGGAAUGUUAUUCAUCAUGAGAACCUCGAAUUGUCGAGAAAAGUACAAAUGAUUCAUCAAGAAAACGUGAAACUACACAAGAAGGCGUGUGCAGCCUCAAGCACAGGUGGAUUGGGACUUCGUGAGCCAGAAGAUGCGGACGAUGAAUCCCAUGCACAGGUUAGGCUGCAGCUAAGCCAGCCUGAGCAGGCCCCAUUAUGAGACCCCAUGCAAAGAGCUAAGAUCAUAAAACGAGAAAGUGAGAGUGUAAUCAUGUCGAAGAACAAACCAAAGGUUUGAUUUGGUACGAUAUAUAUCGUCUCAAGGGAAAAAUGGAUCAGCUUGACGAUUGCUUUCUUUAAAGCUUUCUAAUUUGGUUUCAAGUAUAUAAUUAAGACAUAUGAGAAUACAUAAGAUAUAGUUAAGUAUGUGUUCAAUUUGAGUUUCGGUUUGAUUUGCAGUACAAUUUUGUUCGUUUUUUUGGGUUAUUGAAUAGCAACUAAAAUAUUCACCUUGGCUUGCUUUGAUUAUUUUUCUUUGAUUCACCAUUUAUACACAAUAGAAU